GCACGCUCGCCGCCACGGCGCCACCGACACCUCCCCCGCCCCGCCGGCCGCCGCCCGGCGGGCCAGACGCAGACGGCAUGGAUUGCCUGAGGCGGGCGAACCCGUUCCGCGCGUGCGCGGGGCUGCGGGUUCUGGGGUACCUCAUGCUGGCGCUCGUCGCCGCCAUCGUCGCCGCCUCCUACUACGCCGUCGUCGUCUACGCCUGGGGCCCACUGCUCCUACGCGGGGGCAGCGGAGGCUCCGUAGCCGCCGCCGCUCUCGUCCUCGCCGCCUUCCACCUCCUUCUUAUAAUGAUGCUAUGGUGCUACUUUAUGGUUGUUUUUACGAAUCCUGGAGCUGUACCAGGAAACUGGAGACAUGCUGCUGAAGAGGAUGGUAUGUAUCCGAACAACAGUAGCACCAUAUCAGAUAAUGUUGCUACAGAUUGUGCGAAUCGUCCACCCACUUCAGAGGAGCAAGGACAUGCGCCUAGAUAUUGCUCUCGUUGUCAAAGUGGCAAACCUCCACGUUGCCAUCACUGUUCUGUCUGUGACAGAUGCGUACUGAAAAUGGAUCAUCACUGUGUUUGGGUAGUAAAUUGUGUCGGAGCAAGGAAUUACAAGUACUUUCUCCUUUUCCUGGUGUAUACUUUCCUCGAGACUGUGCUGGAUGCAUUGGUGCUACUUCCAAGCUUUAUUAUCUUCUUUCGUGAUGGAAGUGGGCGCCCCAGCUCAGCUGGUGAUAUUGCCAUUCUAUUUCUUGCUUUCGUUCUAAAUUUGGCGUUUGCGCUGAGCCUCCUUUGUUUCAUAUGCAUGCACACGUCUCUUGUUGCCAGUAAUACGACUUCUAUCGAGGUAUAUGAGCGAAAGAAAACAUGCUCAUGGGAGUAUGACCUAGGAUGGAGAAAAAACUUGGAGCAGGUAUUUGGCACCAAAAAGUUGCUCUGGUUUCUCCCUAUGUACAGUGCCGAGGAUCUGCGGAACAUUCCUGCAAUUCGAGGCCUUGAAUUCCCUACUCGUUGUGAUGCAGUGCUGUAAUUGCGAUUUGGUUGAUAGUAUAUUCUUGUUAUAUCAUACGGCCAUCUCAUCUGUAGAUUAAACCGUCAUAUUUCUGUACUGAAUCACUUAUUUUUCUGUACAAAGCUAUUCCAUC